UAUGGUUGAAUAAACCCCAAUAUAGAUAGAAACCCUAGACUCUCCUUCAGAUUCGUUGUUGGGGUGGCCUCCGAAGAACACACGCCAUUUUCACGCAGCAGCAGCAGCAAUGGUGAAGUACUCGAAGGAACCAGAAAACCCUACCAAAUCUUGCAAAGCCAGAGGAUCUGAUCUCAGGUGCCAUUUUAAGAAUACCCGUGAAACAGCCCAUGCUAUCCGUAAGUUGCCUUUAAUCAAGGCUAAGAGAUACUUGGAAGAUGUUUUGGCUCAUAAGCAAGCCAUUCCAUUUACCCGUUUUUGUCGCGGAGUUGGGCGUACUGCUCAGGCAAAAAACCGUCAUUCUAAUGGUCAAGGGCGUUGGCCUGCAAAGUCUGCGAAGUUUAUCCUUGAUUUACUCAAAAAUGCUGAGAGUAACGCAGAGGUCAAAGGGUUGGAUGUGGACGCCCUUCACAUCUCUCACAUCCAGGUGAACCAAGCCCAGAAACAGAGACGUCGUACAUACCGUGCACAUGGAAGAAUUAAUCCUUACAUGUCAUCUCCGUGUCACAUUGAGCUCACUUUGUCUGAGAAAGAAGAACCUGUUAAAAAGGAGCCUGAGACUCAAUUGGCCCCUAGAACCAAAAAGAAUCAAGCUUAAGUGAGGGGUGCAUCCUCUUCAGUCAUAGUGUGGUUUUUUGUUUUCAUUUGUUAUAUUUCCCUUUCCAAAGAUUCUUAUAUAUCAAUUAUGGAGAUCUUGCUUUUUGGUUUUAAAAUAUUCAAGGAAAACUUGUUUCAUUCAUGGUUGAAUAUUCAAUUGUGAUUUGGUUCUA